AUGCUCCGGUUCGGCGGGUCGCGCGUCGCGCCGCUGGAGGAUAAAAUCCGGGUAGUGGACCCUCUCCAGCCCCUUGUGCGUGGGAACACACACAACAUCACGAUACACUACCCGCUCUGGCUUCUGACCGUCAACGCCGGGCGCUACUGCCUCGGCAGCAUACCGUGCCACAAUUUGAUCACGCUGAAGUGGGUGGCCGCGCAGACCGUCGACGGCGAGCCGGGCUGGGAGCGUCUUCGCGGCGAGACGCGCUGCGGACCCUACGUCGUCGGCUGGGUGUGGAUCGGGUGGCACGGGUUCGGCCGCCACCACUUCUACGACUACAUCCUGCGCCGCAUCGACGAGGGCCGGGCGCACGGCGGCCCCAGCUUCGAGAUCGAGGACGAGUACGACAAGAACCUGAUCACGCUGCGCCAGGUAGAGUUAGGCUACUACAUGCACCUGGCGCUGGUCCCGGAGUACACGCGCCUGUUCAAUUGCAGGAACAGGGGCAAGUCCGCGGAGCACAACCUCAGCGGCGACGCGCAGCGGGCGCUCCUCGUCGGGCGCACGGCGCUCAUGUGCAGCGACGACUUCAUCAAGCACUGCCUCCUCAUCAAGGUGUUGCAGCCGCAUGCGACGAUGGCCGACACGCUCGACUACCCGCACCUGUUCGUCUGCCCCCUCGGCCGCGACGCCAAGGGCGGCCCGCAGUUCGAGGGCCUCCUCUUCUUCCUGCCCCGCGCCGUCGACGACCUCGGCUUCCACGACGGCGUCAACAUCUGCGGCCUCGUCGCCGCCGGGGCCAUGGAAUUGAAAUUCCCGUUCCCUCGUGUCAACCUCUUCGACUUCGCCAAGAUGAUCCCCCUCGUCAUCAAGAUGCCCGCCUACAGCGAGUCGAACUGCAAGGCCGCGGGCGUGCUCUCGGGCGUCGCGGAGCUCGCGGGGUCGCUCGCGAGGUACGGAGAGAGCGACCUCAAGGUCACGAGCGAGCCGGGCAAGUUCACGGUGGAGCUCCGGGGCUUCCGGAUCGCCGAGGGCGAGUCCUCGGUCUCCAAGAUCAACCUCGACUUCCCCUCCCCCGCCGUCGACAACGACUUGUUCAAGACGGCCGUCGACCGGCAGCUCAUCUUCGGCCACGCGGGCGGCGCCUCUCCGGACGACCGCGAGAAGUGGCAGGAGGGGAAGAUCAAGGAGGUCCUGGAGCAGAUUCCGCCGACGGCGGACGCCAUGCAGCCGCUCGUCGACGGCCUCUUCGCGAACCGCGUCAGCUGCCGCGACGUCGCUACGGGGGCCUGGCUCGAGGAGGACGAGGAGCCGCCGGCGAACUUCGACUACGCGCGCUACACGGACGGCGCAUUACUUCCCUGGGACAAGCGGCACGAGAACUUUGCGGAGACGGCGGAGGCGCUGCGCGUUACGUACAAGACCAAGAUCCACCGCGUGUCGCAGCCGCACCUACCAAGCGGAAACUCAAUCCUGCUGGCCGCGCCGCGGAACUGA